UAAAUAGACCCUCAGCUGAUCAUUUGGAUCCUCCCACCUCUCCCUCCACCGCCACCACCACCACCUCCUCCACCCUCACUUCAUUUUCUCACACAGCAUUUGCCAUUUGCAGACUCUGUUUCCGUGUGAGAAAAAAAAACCCAACAUUCUCUGCCAUUCAAGAUUCAAAACCUUUUCAACAAAAUCCUUAUGGCUACUCCAAUUUCUUACCACUUCACCUUCAUUCUUCUAAUCGUUACCGAAGGGGUGUUAGGGGCCACAUUCACGUUCACAAAUAAGUGUGACUUCACAGUAUGGCCGGGAAUUCUAGCCAGCGCCGGCAGCAACAAGCUCGACAGCACCGGGUUCGAGCUUCCCAAAGGCAGUUCCCGCGUUUUCCAAGCCCCGACCGGCUGGUCCGGUCGCUUCUGGGGCCGAACCGGCUGCACCUUCGACGGUUCGGGUCAGGGUUCUUGUUCGACCGGGGACUGCGGCUCGGGAGAGCUCGAGUGCAACGGUGCCGGAGCCGUGCCACCGGCCACCUUAGCCGAGUUCACACUCGGCUCGGGUUCUCAAGACUUCUAUGACGUCAGCCUCGUUGACGGUUAUAACUUACCAAUGACCGUUGAGGGGAGUGGGGGAUCGGGUGCGUGCGCGUCCACCGGGUGCGUUACGGACCUCAACCGUAGGUGCCCUGCCGAGCUCAAAGUCAAGGGUGGCGGCGCGUGCAAGAGCGCGUGUGACGCAUUUGGAAGUCCAGAGUAUUGUUGCAACGGCGCGUACGGUUCACCGUCCACAUGCAAGCCGUCCAUGUACUCGCAGUUGUUUAAGUCAGCGUGUCCGAAAUCAUAUAGCUACGCUUACGAUGACGCUUCGAGUACAUUUACGUGUAUAGGUGCUGAUUAUACGAUUACAUUUUGUGAUUCUCUUACGUCAAGCCUAAAAUCUUCAAGAGAUUCGGGGUCGAGGUCGGGGUCGGAUUCCGGGUCGAACCCAAUAGGUUCUUCAUUGCUAGCUGAUUUGGCCAGCGGAGAUUCAACCAAAACCCAACCUUCCAUUUCCAUAGCUCUUCAAAGUAUGUUGAUUUUGGUCAUCACUUUGGCUCUCACAUUUCGACAGUUACAUUAGCCAAUCAUGCUCCAAAUGGCCCAGUGGUUCGCAUCCUCGAGAGAGAAACUUACAUACAACCGAGAGACGCCAAGGUGGCGGUAGUCAUGAAGAAAGUCGACAUAAUCAAGGAUUGUAAACCACCCACAUCCAAACCCCACAAUAUUGAUGUUCGAUACACAUACACGUAUUAAUUUAUAAAGCAAAAGCAAAAGCAUUUGUUUAGAAUUAAAAAUGUGCUUCAUUUCCUCUA